AUGCGCUGUUUCUCCGACACAAAAGCCAUACCAUCGCAUAUAGCCAUGCAAGUGUCUAUGCUUUCUGUACCUUCUAUUUUUUAUCGGCCCAAGGGUCGUGAAGAAGAGGCUGAUGGUGUAAGGGAGAAAUUUCAAGUGCCUGAGUCAGAUCAUUUGACUUAUCUCAAUGUCUACAAUCAGUGGAAGCAAAACAACUAUUCAUCUAACUGGGCUAAUGAGCACUUUAUCCACAUCAAAGCACUGCGUAAGGUGCGUGAAGUGCGUCAGCAAUUAAAGGAUAUUCUAGUGCAGCAACGUCUCCCGGUGAAAUCUUGCGGAACAAAUUGGGAUGUAGUACGGAAAUGUAUCUGCUCUGCGUACUUUUACCAGGCAGCGAGACUCAAGGGAAUUGGAGAAUAUGUGAAUUUGAGAACAGGAAUGCCAUGUCAUCUGCAUCCGACGUCAGCACUCUAUGGUUUAGGUACAACACCGGAUUAUGUGGUAUACCAUGAGCUAGUGAUGACGGCUAAAGAAUAUAUGCAGUGUGCCACUGCAGUAGAUGGGCAUUGGCUGGCAGAAUUGGGACCUAUGUUCUUCUCUGUAAAGGAAACAGGUCGCAGUGGACGCGAGAAAAAACGUCAAGCAGCUGAACAUCUUCAGGAAAUGGAAGCACAGAUGCAGAAAGCUCAAAAGCAGAUGGAAGAACAGAAACUCCAGGCAGCUCAAAGGGAGGAAGCAAUGAUGCCUAAACAGGAGAUUUUGACACCAGGAGCAACCCCCAGAAGGACUCCGGCAAGAAUUGGACUCUGAUCUAUAGGACAUGUUAAAAGAUAAGUUUAAUCCUAUUUUUUGAAUAAUUAUAAAAUAUAAUUACUUCUAUUAAUAAAGAUGGGAUUGUUUAAUGUAAAAAAAA